AUGUAUGUUGUCGUCGCGUCGUCGUCGAUAUCACCACAACGCUGCGACAUUCCAGCAGUACUUGUCUGCUUGUGUCCGUGGGGACCACAGAGCAGCAACAUCAUGGUCGGGGUGAGGAGUGCACCAAUGUGGUGGUGUGCAGGUCUGCUGGUGCUUGCGACCUGCGCCACCAGUGCUCGAGAAACGUCCCACCACCGCAGAAAUGGCAACGAUCCAGGCACGAGCAAUUCUCUGCAUGUCUGUCCACACCCUUUCGAGAUUUCGACACGACAUGCCAAAGGCACAGACGAAGUCGUCGUCCAGUGCAGGAAGCACAGCGCGCAAGUUGGCCACCCCCUGCGUCAGGACAUCUCUGUCGUCCUUCAUGCGUCUCCAAUGGAAGCGACCUUGACUACCGCGUUUGUCGCCAACUCGACGGCGUGGGUCGAACCUGGCGAUGCGAAAAGCGCCGUCGAGACGUUGUCGAUCCGUGGUCCCAAGUCGACCCCUCGCGUCUCGUUCGAUUUCCAAGACGAUUUUCGUUCAUUCACGCGUCUCCGGGCGUUGAACUUGUACGACGUGGCCAUCUCUGACCUGAGCGAAGACUCAAUCUCGUUCAAGUCGUUGGAAUCACUGACAUGCAUCUCGUGCGAACUCGCUUUCUUUGAACUACCGGAAUCCAAUGUUUUGACCUCCAUCACACUCAACAACAACCCGGGCCUCGAGCUGUCACAAGAUGGAUGGACGGAUAGCAUCGCCUCCACCAUCUCCCUACGCAACAACAACUUCACCGCGUUUCCAACGUUCCUUUUGGCGAUACAAACGCUAAAGCACCUAGACCUCCGGGGCAAUGUAUUUCCACCCGUCCAAGUCAAGUCCAAGGACGUGAAGCGCAUUGAACACCUUGUCAUGUCGCAAGCACUACGCCUAGACAGUCACGACACCGUUCAAGCUACCGGUGGAAGCGCCAGCUCGCUAACGAGCCAGCCAGUCGCUCCGUGCAAGUGCUCCGAUGACUCGUUUCCCCUUGUCAUCAGCAACUCCCUUUGUCUUUGCGUCCGAGAUCCACGACCAGCGACGGCAACGUCGUCUGCGCCAACACCAUCCCCCCUCCGGACUCCUCUGCCCUCGACAACACCCCACUCUGCUCAAAAACAACCACACAGCCCUGAGCCGCUCGCUGCAUCCACGAAACCACCUUCCAACACUCCAUCUGAAGAAACAGAGUCCCUGGCUCCAGCAACUCCCAUCGUAGGCAUGACAACGUCCAUCCCGGGCGCGUCAUCCCAGCUGUCCAAUGUUGCGACAAAGGGCCCGGUGUUGUUUUCUGUGGGAAAAUCCUCGUCCGACUCGUCCAACAUGAUUGUGCUUGUGGCGUCCAUCUCUGGCGGUGUCGUGGCGGCGACCUUACUCGUCGGGAUCUUUCUCUACCGUCGCAAGGGCAAACCUGGCGAGUUGCCGAACGAUAUGGCGGUGCACUUGAACUCGAGUCUGAACCCGCCACAUUCGUCCCACCGCGGCAUGACUCUCACUCCACUCGACAACACUUUGGACUUCUCGCAUGGUGUGAUGGAUGCGACCGACAUUGGCCGGCGCAACUCUGCCGCCAACUCUAGCUUCCGCGUGCCGCCACGGGACUUUGUCUAUCCGCCGCAACGCCUCGCAGGGACCAAACUGUACUGGGUCAGUAAACUCCACGACAUCAAGGUAGUGGUCCGCAGAUCCCACGAUAUUCUCGACGCCGGCAUGCUCCAAGGAUUUGUCGACGCGAUCAAGUUUAUCGCGCAUCGCCCGCACCCGUGCCUGGUUGCGUUCAAGGGCGUCUACUUUCACGAAACGGACGGCGAAUUCUGCGCGAUUGUCGAGUACAUGGACAAGCGCGGCCUCGGCGCACUCGUCCAUGCACCCACCAUCAACUUGGACGGCACGCAGAAGCACGUGCUCGCCAAAAACGUUGUGGACGCUGUCGCGUUUGUGUAUUCGUCGUUCGAAUCGACGUACAACCCGUUCUGUUGUGUGAAUUUGGUGCUCCAUACAAAGUCGUUUCUGGUGAACGCAGCGCUCGAGUGCAAGUUGAACGUGUUCCAGUUCACCCAGUCUGCAUGCCGCGGGCCGGACGAGACGGCCGUGCUUGGAGCUGGAAGAAUGAAAUGGCUACCUCCAGAGUUGAUCGCUACACGAGGCGUCAUCGAGUGCUGCACGUUGCACGAGCGCGAAGCCGCCAACGUGUACCGCCUCGGGCUUGUCCUCGGUGAAAUCUUCACGCGAACCCUGUGCUUUGCGCCGCUGGUGCAUGCCAAGGGUCAUGUUGGCGGUGACAUGUACUUGACGACCACGGCGCGUCGUACAGAUGACAACGACCCGCUCCUGCAUCCGUUCGACUGGCGUGCAGCCGCCGACGCGACGGACGCCCGAAGCCUCGCCAUGAUUCGAGCUUGUUGUGCGCGUGAUCCGUCCGGUCGACCACCCCUGCAAGUCGUGGUCGGUCAUUUCACAAACAUGACCAGCAACGAUCUCGAACACGCCUCUCGUGUGUUUCGUACGAUGGUGGAAGACCACAUGACCGACAGCGACCCACUCGAAACAAGUGCGGACGAUUCCGACGACGACGUCGACGAAGGCGUGUUUCAAUCGUUCCACACGACGCCGAGCUUGAAUGCGACCCGCGAACACCUCGUCGAGUCGUUUCGAUCGAGCGUGAUGUUUAUGUCCACCGACCCCCCCAGCCCUUUGACUCGGAGCGCCAACGAAGUCACCCUCUAG